CCGGGCCACAAACAGGCUGAAAACAUGCUUUGGAAACCUGUUUCAGCUUAUUCUGGGAGUUUCAUCCAAAAUUAGUUUGGAAAUAAGUCAGUAGGUUGGCUUAUUUUGGGAAAAGCCUCGUGGCUGGGUGGUGUUGGGUUGGGGUUGUGAAGAAGGUUUGUGAGUUAGGAUUGGAAUGAAUAUGGAGGGGGAGUCGGAAGCGAAAGCGCCGCUGUUGGUGGCGGCGGCAACCGAUGGUCGGAGGCUGAGUAGUAGCAGCCGCCGCUUACGACUCAGUCGCCGGAAUUCGGUAAACUCGUUCAGACAAGACUUCGUGUCCAGACUCCCUGAUAAGCUCCGACCUGGCCUCGACCUCGAGUCUGCUUCUCUCAUUGAUUUCUCCAAAACCACUGCCUUAACUCAAGGAGAAAAAGAAUACUAUGAAAGACAGAUUGCAACCUUGAAAUCGUUUGAGGAAGUUGAUUCUUUGAUGACAUCUGACAGCAUUGAUGAGGAAGAUUUCAAAGAACAAGCCCAACAAGAAAGAGCAAUGAAGAUAUCUAAUUAUGCAAAUAUUAUCCUACUGGCAUUUAAGAUUUAUGCUACAAUAGAGACUGGAUCAAUAGCCAUUGCUGCAUCAACACUGGAUUCCUUACUUGAUCUCAUGGCUGGUGGCAUACUUUGGUUCACUCACUUGUCAAUGAAAAACAUUAACAUCUAUAAGUAUCCUAUUGGGAAAUUGAGGGUGCAACCAAUAGGCAUAAUUAUCUUUGCUGCUAUCAUGGCCACACUCGGCUUUCAGGUAUUGGUCCAGGCUGUAGAACAACUAGUUGAAGAUAAAGCUUCUGAAAAGAUGACCACUGAUCAAUUGGUAUGGUUGUACGCAAUCAUGUUAUCUGCUACGGUGAUAAAACUUGCACUGUGGUUUUACUGCAGAAGCUCAGGAAGCACAAUUGUCCGUGCUUACGCAAAGGAUCACUAUUUUGAUGUGGUAACCAAUAUAGUCGGGUUAGUUGCAGCUGUUCUUGGUGAUCAGUUCUACUGGUGGAUUGACCCUGUUGGUGCUAUUGCUCUUGCAAUUUAUACAAUCACAAAUUGGUCUGGAACUGUUCUUGAAAAUGCAG